CGCAUGCGCGCCUGGCGCGUGCACGCGUACGGCGCGCCGCCCAGCGAGCUGCGCCUCGACGCGGCGCGCGUGCCGCCGCUGCGCGCCCCCGACGAGAUCCUGGUGCGCGUGCACACCGCUUCCGUUAACCCGCUCGACGUCGCUAUGAUCGGCGGGUACGGGAGAAGCGUGUUGAACGCUAUGCGCGCGCUCGAAGCGGGGGCCGGCGGGGUCGAGUUCCCGCUCGUGGUCGGGCGCGACUUCGUCGGCGAGGUGGAGCGCGCCGGCGCGGCCUCGCGGCUGCGGCGCGGCGCGCGAGUCUGGGGCGUCGUGCCGCCGCACUGGCCGGGCUCGCACGCCGAGUACGUCGUCGUCAAGGACCGCUGGGCGGGCGCGGCGCCGGCGGCGCUGGGCGCGGAGGCGGGCGGCGCGCUGUACGCGGCGCUGACGGCGUGCAGCGCGCUGCGGGCGGCGGGGCUGGCGGGCGGCGCGGGCCGCGGGCGCCGCGUGCUGGUGCUGGGGCUGGGCGGCGUGGGCGGCGCCGCCGUGCGCCUGCUGGCGGCGGGCGGCGCGCACGUGGUGGUGGGCGCGGGCGCCGACGCGGGCCCGCGCGCUCUCGCCGCCGGCGCGCACGUGGCGCUCGACCGCCACGCGCCGGACUACUCGGACCGUCUCGUCGCCGAAGGACCGUACGAGGCGAUAAUCGACUGCGCCGGUCUCGGCGGCGCGGAGGCGGGCGCUCGGCCCUGGAAGUUCUCGCGCUACGUGACGCUGAGCUCGCCGCUGCUGCGCGAGACGGACGCGCGCGGCGUGUGGGCGGGCGCGGCGGCCGCGGCGCUGCAGCUGGCGCGCCAGUGCGCCGCGGCGGCCCGCGCCACCCCCGCCGCCGCCCCCGCCGCCGCCGCCCCCGCCCCCGCCGUGGCGCCGCGCUGCCUGCCGGCGCACGUGCGCUGGGCCUACUUCAUGCCGUCGGAGGACGACAUCGAGCUGCUGCGGCGGCGCGCGGAGAGCGGCCAGUUCGCCGUGGAGGUGCAGCGCGUGUACGGCUGGUGGCAGGCGCGCGAGGCGCUGGCGCGCCAGGCGGCGGGCCACGCGCGCGGCAAGCUGCUGCUGGACUUCACGGCCGCGCAGCCGCCCGAGCCCGCCCGCUAGUUCCGGCGGCUGCCCACAUCCCAUGAUACCGUUAUCGAUUCGACGCGCCUGCAUCUGAUCAGAACGCGUAUGCAAGCAAGGCCGUAGCGGCCGGAGCUUGCGAUCCGAGUAAAGUAUACUCUUAUAAGGUUCAACCUUCUAGUAGACAAACAACUGAUCCUUGCUGUGUCUUGUUUAGUCUUGUAAAUGUUUAAUUCGUUUGCACCACUAUGAGGGUGACAUUUUCUUUUAGAAAAAAACCCUUUUCAAAAUAAAGAAAAAAAAAGUUUAAUUCCUUACUAGGAAUCUACUGAAUACAUCUCGCUUAGGAUUGGAACGGUCCUUCUUCUAUUGUGUGGGUUUGAGGUAGUUUACCAACCCUAUCAAACCUAGUAUCAGGGAUACUAUUGAGCCGCCAAAGGCCCCUGACAUGAUUCAUGUAACGACUACUAACUUACAUCAGUAGGUAUGUUAAUAUGUUUGGUUAGGACAUUACAGGGUGAUCACCUAUUGUCCGAAAGUAAGAUGAUCCGUGCUUCGGAAGGCACUUACUGAUGUAAGUAAGUAGUCGUUACAUGAGCCAUGUCAGGGGCCUUUGGCGGCUCAAUAAUAACCCUGACACCAGGGUUGAUGAGGCUGGUUCUUCACCUCGAUAGAAGAAGUAGGUAUGUUGUAACCGGGACCAACGGCUGAACGUGCUUUCCGAAGGACAACUACAAAUGGGUUAUAUAAAAUAACGCCAUACAGUGCAUCACCCAUUCAAAGCAGUGAACUGGUACUUUACUGAUAUAGUGGCUUAUUAUAAGGCUCGACCUUAAAAGAAAAUGCCUAUACUGUACUUAGGUGUACGAACAGAAGAAUAUAGCAUACGUAACGUACCAUCUUAUUUUAUUAAACUUUUGUAAUAUACUUAUACUAAGUA